AACAUGGCGACGGUCCGGAGCGGACUAGGGUUUCAGCUCAUUUUAUUCGUGUUUUUCUGUGCGGUGUUGGACAGGCAGGCCGAGGCAGCGGUUCCAGAGCCGAGAGGCGUCACUCGGAUACUCGGCAUGAGGCUGGAGAACAGCAGCAAGCCGGCCGAGACCACCAAGACUGGAGAUAUCCAGGUGACCGAGGGAAGCGAGACCUUCUUCAGGUUCUACGGGCUCCACUUGUUUCCAAGCAGCUCGGAGCUCCUCAGGUUCACGGGACUUUACGACAAGGAGAACGAAGCUUUCGGCGCGAGCGUGGCUUCGUUGAAUAGGACUUGUCCCGAACACACGAACGAUGUUGUAGUGAAUGGACUCAUGGAGGUGAGCAACCAAAACACGUCCGGGGUUGUCAGCCUCAGCAUCAAAGAGCUUCGGAAGAGCGAAGUUGUGAAGAUGUUCCGCUUGUGCGUCCGCGACGGUUUGGACCAGAAGUGGCACCUGCUGGACGACAAGGACGGCAGACUGCAGGUGGUGGAGGAGAAGAAGUCCCUGCUGCCCUUCUGGUUCCAGGGGAUCCUCAUCUGCUGCCUGCUGGUGCUGUCGGGGAUUUUCAGCGGGCUCAACCUGGGGCUGAUGGCGCUGGACCCCAUGGAGCUCCGCAUCGUGCAGAGCUGCGGCACCGACAAGGAGAAGAAGUACGCGCGCAAGAUCGAGCCCAUCCGCAGGAAGGGCAACUACCUGCUGUGCUCGCUGCUGCUCGGCAACGUCCUGGUGAACACCACCCUCACCAUCCUCCUGGACGACCUGAUCGGCUCCGGCCUGGGGGCGGUGGUGGCCUCCACCUCGGGCAUCGUUAUCUUCGGGGAGAUCGUCCCCCAGGCGCUGUGCUCCCGGCACGGCCUGGCCGUGGGGGCGAACACCAUCCUGCUCACCAAACUCUUCAUGCUGCUGACUUUCCCCCUGUCCUGGCCCAUCAGCAAGCUCCUGGACCGCAUCCUGGGCCAGGAGAUCGGAACCGUGUACAACCGAGAGAAGCUGGUGGAGAUGCUGAAGGUGACGGAACCAUACAACGACCUGGUCAAAGAGGAGCUCAACAUGAUCCAAGGAGCGCUGGAGCUCAGGACCAAAACAGUGGAGGACGUCAUGACUCCUCUCAGCAACUGUUUCAUGCUGAGCAGCGACAGGGUGCUGGACUUCAACACCAUGUCUGAGAUCAUGGAGAGCGGGUACACCAGGAUCCCCGUGUACGACAACGAGAGGUCCAACAUCGUGGACAUCCUUUUCGUCAAGGACCUGGCCUUCGUGGACCCAGACGACUGCACCACUUUGAAGACCAUCACCAAGUUCUACAACCACCCGGUCCACUUUGUCUUCCACGACACUAAGCUGGACGCCAUGCUGGAGGAGUUCAAGAAAGGAAAGUCCCACCUGGCCAUCGUUCAGAAGGUGAACAACGAGGGGGAGGGAGAUCCGUUCUAUGAAGUGUUGGGGUUGGUCACCCUCGAAGAUGUAAUCGAGGAGAUAAUUAAGUCAGAGAUUCUGGACGAAUCGGACCUUUACACCGAUAAUCGCAACAGGAAAAAAGUGGCGCACAACAAGAACAAAAGAGACUUUUCUGCGUUUAAACACGAGAGCGAGUCGAAGGUGAAGAUCUCUCCUCAGCUGCUGCUGGUCGCUCAUCGCUUCCUGGCUACAGAGGUGUGCUUGUUCAACAUGACUCAGAUCUCAGAUAAGGUGCUGCUCCGAAUUUUACGGCACCCCGACGUCAUCCAGGAGAUCAAGUUCAACGAGAACGACAAGCGAUCGUCUCAUCACUACAUCUACCAGAGAGGGAAGCCCGUCGACUACUUCAUCCUCAUCCUGCAGGGUCGGGUCGAGGUGGAGGCUGGCAACGAGAACAUGAAGUUUGAGACGGGACCUUUCUCUUAUUACGGUGUCAUGGCGCUCAGUGCUUCCAUGCCGGAGUUUCGCUCGCCGUCCCACCUCGGCGGCCUGAACCGGACGGCCUCUCUGAGCGGCACCGACCGGACCGAGUCGCUCGGCGGCAGCUGCAGCCAGCUGAACAACAGCGUCCCGCUGCAGCAGUACGUCCCCGACUUCAACGUGAGGGCGCUCACCGACCUGCAGUUCGUCAAGAUCACACGAGCUCAGUAUCAGAACGGCCUGAUGGCGUCUCGUCUGGACAGCACGCCUCAGUCCCCCGACAGCAGCCACAACGUGUCCCGCCUCGACCAGAUGACGCCCCCCACCAGCAUCACCAUCACAGACCUGGGCGCGGACCCCACCCUCACGGAGAACGGCCCAGACGAGAAGACGCUUCUCCUGAACGAGCAGAACUCUCCGGCCACGGGCAACCACCACAGCCAGCUGGAAAACAGCGUCUGACCCCGACCGUUCCCCCACCCGCGCACGUUUGCACACAUGCACUACAGCGCUUGGACGUUUGCUGAGGAGGCGGGGCUUGGUUGUGUGUCACACAGCUGGACGAGGCCCUAAGAGACGAGCCAUGUGCGUGCACAUUCUGUAAAUAUGCAAGAAUUUAACAGCGAUGAGCCAAAACAAUAAAGUCCAGUGAUGGCACGCCCAGAUGUGACAACCUACAAAAUAAAAGCAUUUAAAUUUAGAGAACGUUUCACUUCACAGGUUGUUGUUUGACCUCCGCCGCCUUUAUUCUGUUGUUUUAAAACCUAAAACUAAAAAAUAUAAAUGCAAAUGAUAACAGGACACAAUGACCUGCAAACCUCAUAAACCCAGAUUUUAUUCUCAGUGGAACAUAAUAAACACGUCAAAGGUUGAAAUAAGGUUUAUAUAAUUCUUUUAAAGGAUCAUUUUGAUUUUUUUUGUUCUACUUUUUUACAGACUGAUAAACCUCUGCCCGUCUUUACGUCUCUAAAAUUUAGCUUUUUUUAUUCAUACCUUUUACUUUGACAGCCUCUCAGAUGUGCACGUUCCAUAGAAAUCAAAAUAACCACAUUAAAAAAUAUAUUUUUCUUAGUUUCAACGUUAGCUUCAUUGUGAAUAACAUA